AUGGCGCAGUGUACCUACUGCAACUAAACUAGCCCACUUUUGUACGAUACCCUCUUUUACGUAAACCAUUUGCUGCCCAAAUCAAAGGACGAUAUUUUCUUUGCUGAACAUAGAAAUGGAAGAAGCUACAUCCAGUUCCCCAAGGACAAAGUAAAGAAGGUUCUGCUGGCAGCGCCCACCCGUCACGCUGGCUGCCCCGGUGACCCAGAGCGGGGAGGAGCUUAGUCCGGGCAGCAUGGUGGCUGCCAAUGCGACUAGCCCCGCCCCGAGCCCUCAAAGCGAGGCGGUGACCAAUGAGCUUCAAGAGCUGACGCUGCAGCCGCUGCCCAUCGUGCUGCCCCUCAGGGAGAGGACGAAUGUGCUCCAGCUCAAACUACAGCAGCGACGCACACGAGAGGAGUUGGUCAGCCAAGGGAUCAUGCCUCCACUGAAGAGCCCAGCCGCCUUCCACGAGCAGAGGAGAAGCCUGGAGCGGGCGCGGACGGAGGACUAUCUCAAGCGGAAGAUCCGUAGUCGUCCUGAGAGGUCCGAGCUGGUCAGGAUGCACAUACUAGAGGAGACAAUGGCCGAGCCCUCGCUACAGGCCAAGCAGCUGAAGCUAAAGAGAGCUCGUCUGGCCGAUGACCUCAACGAUAAGAUCUCCCACCGACCCGGCCCCAUUGAACUCAUCCACAAGAACAUCCUGCCCGUGCACAGCAUCAUUGGUGAGUCGUCACCAAAAGGCGACAGCUCUUCAUUGGACGAGGACAGCAGCGACGCGCUCUCGCCUGAUCAGCCAGCCAAUCACGAUUCUCCCCUUGGCUCCAUCCAGCAGCACUCCCCACCUGAUAUGCUCACCCCGAAUGGCAACCCCUCCCCCCCCCAGUUCCUUCCUCAAGCCCCUCUGCAGCUGAACCGCCCAGACUUGUCUCCUGCGCAGACGCUGACCAACGGGACCCUGAUCCUCACCGCACCACGUCCAGCCACUGGGCAUGCAAAAUCGUCAAAGUCCAGUUCGGACCGGCCGUCCCAGCGGCCCAAGAAGGCCAAAGACAGCAAGCCCAAGGUGAAGAAGCUGAAGUACCACCAGUACAUCCCCCCCGACCAGAAAGCGGAGCGCGAGCCGCCGCCCCAGAUGGACUCGUCCUACGCCAAGCUCCUGCAGCAGCAGCAGCUCUUCCUGCAGCUGCAGAUCAUCAGCCAGCAGCAGCAGCACUACAACUACCACACCAUCCUGCCUGCACCACCAAAACCCCUUACUGAGCAGCAGCAGCAGCCUCCUCCUGCUCCCCCUCCCCCAGCCAACCCUGGGCCCUCCCCAUCUCGUGCCGUGCCAACGCCCACCACCCCCUCCAGCCACACUGGGUCCAACCGCCAGAGCCAACCUCUGUCCGCAGACGCCAAGCCAAGCACCCUGCCUGCUAACCUGGACGAGUUCAAAGUGGCUGAACUUAAACAGGAGCUCAAGCUGAGGGGUCUGACCGUGUCAGGCACCAAAAACGACCUGCUUGAGAGGCUGAAGAACUACCAGGAGCAGAACGGUCAGAAAACUGCCCCACCACAGCCCCAGCCAGGGGCAGGGCAGACCAGUGGCCCCACCUCUCUUGUUGCACAGUCCAAAGAGGCACCAGUGAGACUGGGAACCUUCAACUGUCACGGCGUGACCACGCCCCACAUGAUGCGCUUCAGCAGCACAAGCUCCUCCCCUCCAGUAUCUCCCGCCCCCUCUGACCGCUCAUUGGCUGGAAUGAGCCCAGACGAGACCAGCUGUAAUGGUGACGUCUUUGGCGAAAUGGUGAGCUCCCCUCUCACUCAGCUCACCCUCCACCCAUCCCCUGAGCACCAUGAGCCCGUGGUGAAGGAGGAGCCACGGGGGCUCGCCCAGCUCCCCAGCUGCCUCUCCCGGCUGUCCGCGGUCCCCCCCGCCACCGGCCACGAGGCCCUGGUGGACAAGGACCAGAUGCUGCAGGAGAAGGACAAGCAGAUCGAGGAGCUGACGCGCAUGCUGCGGCAAAAACAACAGCAGGUUGAGACGCUGCGCUCGCAGCUGGAGCAGGGCAAGCGCGUCGCCGUCGCCACGGAGACCCCCAAUGGCAUCACCGAGGCCCUCCUCCCUCACGGCUUCGCCCCUCCCCAGCUCAACAGCAUGACCAUGAGGGUGAAGGAGGAGGCCGAGGAUGAGAAGAUUAUGCUGACGACUGCGGCGGCGACGGUCUCUGUGGCAAUGGAGACGCAGCAGACAACGUCGCCGCAGCAGACUGCGCAGAGGAAAGUGCAGAUGCCCUGCUCCCAGCAGACCCUGCUCAAGCUGCAGCAGAUUCAGCGGCUGCAGGCCCAGCAACAGCAACAACAACAGCAGCUGCAGCAGCAACAACAACAACAACAGCAGCUGCAGCAGCAACAACAACAGCAACAGCAGCUGCAGCAACAACAACAACAGCAGCAGCAGCAGGUGGAGCAGAUGGAGCAGACGCAGAGGAUAGACCUGCAGCAGCAGCAGCAGCAGAAACUGCAGCAGCUGAUCAUCCAGCAGAAGCAUCAGCAGCAGCAGCACAGGAAGCAGCAGAGGCCUCAGAAGCUGCAGCAGAGAAGGCAGGAGCCUCCCAGACCACAGCAGGUCCCUCAAGUGUUUGUUACCCAGCAACCCAGUGCACAGGUCACAGCCCCCUCAAUCUCAUUGGACCUCCUUAAGGCACAUCCUGCCCCUACGUUGGUGACAGACAGCAAUGGUAACCACUAUCUGAUCACUCUGACCAACAGCAGCACAGAUGGCCAGCUGACCGUGUCACCACAGAGCAAGACCAAUGGGCGCAUCACUCUGCAGAGGUUACAGUCAACCCCUGUCAAGCUCCCCAGCCAAUCACCUGUACAGACCAUCUCCAGCAUCAACCAAUCAAAACCAAAGGAGCAGGCAUCACCUGCUAAACAGCCUAUGAAAAAGGCCCAGAAGGCGGGACUCCAUCUGCUAACCAAUGGCAUGCAGGAACCAACUGUGCCCGCCACUGCGCCCCCCAAUCUCCAGCCUUUCUUUUUUACCAAGGACUCCCCAUUGGAUCAGACACCCUCACCUCCACCAAUCAAGCGCGAGGCUUGUCCGACCUUUGACCGUCACACCUUGUUCACCCCUCCCCCCCCUAAACAGACCUCUCGCUCUACUUCACACAAAGAGAAUGGCUCAUGCAGUCAGCACAUUGACGAUUUGUUUGACAUCCUCAUCAAGAGUGGAGAAAUCUCCAAUUUCAAAGCCAAUCCGGACCCCUCCCUCUCCGACCUGCACUCCAACCCACCCACCCCCUCCCCGCCCUCCUCUCCGCUCCGUCUGUCCCCCCCCACACCUCCUCCAGAGCCGUCCUCCACCUCUUCCUCCCCCGCAUCCCAGCAUGCUCUGCGGGACUUCCAGGACGGCAGCCGUGGCCGUCUGGAGGACUUCCUUGAGAGCACCACGGGCACGCCGUUGCUGGGCGGCGGCGCAGACGACCCGGAUGGUCCGCUGGCGCUGAUCGACGAGCUGCACAGCCAGAUGCUCAGCGCGCCCAGCAUCCUGGACCAUUCGUCGCCCAUGGACACCAGCGAUCUCAGCUUCACCCCUCACCCCGCCGGCCUGGACUUCGGGGACCCCACCCUGGACGGCAUGGACUGGCUGGACAUAUCCAUGGGCGCGGGCGGCCCCGGGAGCAGCGGCAGCGGCGGGGAUGGAAGCGGGGGCGUCAACGGCAUCGGGGUCGGCGGGGGGAGCGAAAGCGCCACCAUUUUGGCCCCACUGGGCUCGCAUACGCCCCCUAGUGUCUUUUCUGCUGACUUUUUGGACAGUUCAGACCUGCAGCUCCACUGGGACUCCUGUUUGUAGCCACGUGGUUUGUAGGCGCAGCCACAUAGACACGGACACGCACUGUAGGGUCACCGCAUCAUCGCCGCGGGUCACGCAGUGUUUGAGACACACGCUCUCGCUAGCAGACGUUAACCACAUCCAUGAACUGUGCACAUAUGCUGAGAAACCCCCUGCUGGAAAUCCGCUGCAAAUGCAAAAAAAAAAAAAAAACACAAAAAAACGGAUUGGGGAGACCCUCCUCCGACCCCUGGCGUCCAUUACUCUCACGGCAAGAGCACUGAGUAUUCUCCUCCUGUCCCGCAUAACCUCUCGCCUCACACCCACCCCACCUGCUGUACCGUAUCCAAAGACUUAGCCAACAGUGAGGAGUUGCUCCCCCCUUCUACCCCCCCACCCCAGGACUGGAUAAAAGUCCAACAGUCCCUCCUCUCUCUCUCCUCCCUCCACCCUAAGCCACCCCCAUAGGGCAGUGCUCAGAAAGCAAUACUCUAAGGCCACGUAUAGGCUCUCUCGCAGGCCAAAAUCUCAGUGGGUAGUUUGUCCCGGCAUAUCUGUGGUCUGAGCUUGGCUGCCACGGCCAUGGAUUGGCAGAGAAGAUGAGUUAAGUUUCACCAAUGUAACACCAAAUGCAGAGGCACUUUCCUAGAUCAUAGUUUUUAUUAAAAAGAGUCUAUACCAUCUAAGCUGGUUUCCAAGCUACCUUCCUUUAGUUUAAUUACUGAACACUGCAAUUGAGCCUGGUAGCCUGCAGCUGUGUGGUUCUUGGAGACGGAGAAGAUGAAAACCUGGACCCAGUAAGGGCGAUCUCAUGGUCAGCUCUGCAGGGCGUCUUCAUGAGACACCGUGUUAGUUCAGUCAUUAGUCUCAUUUUUAGUGCUGGUGACUGGUCAGGUCGGACACGCCGCACGGCGUGAGGCAUCACAGCACUGAACAUAAAAACAAACAAGUCAGACAACGUUUUAUUUUAAGGUUGUGUACAUUUUACAAUGAAAUUUUAAAUAUCACCACGGUAACCGAGGGGUGCCCUGCCACUCGUGCGCUGGGUCCAAGUUGGGCUUCUCUCACUGCUGUACUGCUGUGCCCCAUAUUCUUGUGUAUUAGCACUGAGUAAACCCUUUCUCUAUCUGUCCCUUUCUCGCUCUCUUUCUCUCUUUCUCUCUCUUUCUCUCUCUCUCUCUCUCUCUCUCUCUGUAUCUUUCUCUCAUUAAUAAUGUUGGUGGAAUUUCAGUGUAUCAGUUCUUCCAACUUUGCACUUAAAAUGACCUGACCCGGUACUCUUGUAUCGCGACGGGGCUUUCAAAAACUCACACAGGCUCCUGGGAAUUUGGUUUGGUGAUGUUCAUCAGAUCACUAUGCAUUGCUAUCAUUUUGGGGUAUAUAUUAUAAGUAGUGCUUUUUCUUUCUUCUCCCCUUGAUUGUAUAGUUUUAGCAGGUGGAGAUCAGGGCUGGGCUUCCAGUUCAAAAAUAUUUGAACCUUGUAAUUUUUUUAAAAGAAGUAAAAAAUAAAAAAAAGAUGAGAACAAACAUGAAACGUGUGGUUUUUGUAUUUGUGUGUGGGUGUCUUUACUGUGUGUGUUUGUUCAGGCAACGUUAGGUACUUGCUCAUGCAUUUGAUGUAGGAGUGAUUUUACACUUAAAUAAUCGUGGCUAUGUAGAAUGUAGGUUCAUGUUGCUGUCAGUAACUUUUUUUUUGAUUUAUUGCAAAGGAUCAUUGUUUUCCCUGCAAUUUUAUUUCAGUCAUACUGCAGUUUCUCCACUCAAGCAGAGAAAGAUCUCAUACAGAAAGACCCCUUUAAUUCAUCAAAAGUGGCAGUCAGCUUUAAUACAUUUGACUGCUGCUUCAUUUCCACAUUUCUGAGCCCCCA